AUGGCCAGCUUUCGGUUUUGUUUGGAGUGUAACAACAUGCUCUACCCCAAGGAGGACAGGGUGAACCAGCAGCUUCUGUACUCCUGCCGAAACUGUAUGUACACAGAAAAGGCCGAGAACUCUCUUAUCUACAGAAACGAGCUGAUUUCUGCUAUUGGUGACAACGCCGGCGUCACGCAGGACCUUGCUAGCGACCCGACGCUGCCCAGGUCCAAUAUCGAGUGUCCAAAGUGCCACGAGCACGAGUGUGUAUUUUUCCAGAGUCAACAGCGUCGCGCAGAGACUACUAUGAUUCUGUUCUAUGUGUGUGUCUACUGCAACCACAUGUUCCGGACGCACUCAUCGUAG